AUGGGUGCCUAUGAAAGCACUGCAAGGUCAAAUGGAACGAAGGAGGAGGAGGAGGAUGAGGCGAUGAUGAGGCUCAUAGCAUCAGCUAUGUUCGGAGCUGUGGCUAUUUGGGGCGCUGCUAAAAUGGUCGACAACACAGACACCCAAGAAAGAAACCGUCAGUCGUUGGUUAAUUCUAGUUUCAUAAGACCAGAGGGCUUAAACCAACGUAGCAUAUGGUCUCCUCCUCCUCGAGGUCGCUUCAAAAUGAACACAGAUGGCGCAUGCCGUCCCACACCCGUAGGAAUAAUGCUUUCACGAGAUUGUGUCGUCCAACGGGGACCAAGUGGGUAUGGAGGAAUCCUUCGAGAUCAUAAUGGCAAAUGGAUUCGAGGUUUUAUAGGGUUCAUUGGUGUGGCUGAUUGUCUUACAUCUGAGCUUCAUGGUAUUCUUAAAGGGUUAGAGAUUUUAGAUGAAUUUGACCUCAAAGGAGCCAUUCUUGAAACCGACAGUCAGGCUGCAUACGAGUGGGUCACUCGACAGGGCGUUAUCCGUGGCAAAAGUGAAAUCAUCCAUGCAUGCUGGUCUACCAUCAUGGAGUGCAGGCAACUCAUUCGCAAGAAUUACAUAGAUGUCAGCCUUGUUCCGGGAGAAAAGGCCAACCGGUGUGCGGAUAAGCUCGCCGAUAUGGCCAUUGAAGCAAGAUAUAAGUAUUUGGAAAUCAAAUAUCCUCCUCCUGAUUUAAAGUAUCUUGUUGAAAAAGAUGCUAAAUUUGUGUAA